UUUUUUAUUGUUGGCAAAGUGCGAUCUAGAUCAACGUCAAAAGAUCGAAUACAUUUGAACUCUUUUUUCUUCCUACAUGAAUCCAAAUCUUAUUGUAGGUCUGUAGCUGAUUUGUUUGCUGGCACCUCUACCUCAGAGCGGUGGUGUUAGUUGAGAAAAGGUUUGUCGCAGUGCUGACUCUGAGUUUUAUCUAGUGAUCUUUUAUUGGUCGUUUAUCAUAUUAGAGUCACCUAAUUAUCGCAAAGCCAAAGAUUGAGUAAGUGCAAAUCGAAAAUUAUUUGCAUUGUUCUUUAGGUUUAUAGUUGGUGUGCCACCGUAAUAAGUAAGUUUUUUUAGCAGAACUAGAAGGGACGAAGAGCACAUCAAUACUUAAAUAGAAAAGAUGGCUGCGCCUGCGUCCACCGCGAUGGGCGCGGCGCUAAAUGGAAGUGGCAGUGCGUCAAUGCCUCUACUUGGAGCCGCGGGCGGUGAUCUUGGUCGACGACCGGACUACACGGUUGUUGGCGCACUCGCGAGUCCAGGACUCAUUGCAUUUUAUACGCUAACCGCAGCUCUGGUGCUCUUGACGAUCUUGUUUCGCUACUGUUUUGCGGGAGCCCGUUUUGCCUCGUGCGUCGCGCUGUUCGAGGACGAAAGUGGGGUUUGCAGCGAGAGCAAUAAGGAACGGCAUCAGGUCCAGAUUGGUUACCGCCGCCAUGCCUUGGGAGAGAUUCUUUACUACUCGUGGGUCUCCUUUGCUGUUGGCCUACAAGCCGUGUUGGGCGUGUUGUGCUUCGGCAUUCUGGCGGACGACCGGAACAAGUACCUUUGGGUCGCAAACAGCACGUUCGACCUCAAGUUCUGUACCAAGGAGUUGCUUAUAGUAGGAAAUGGCAAGACGGGCUCGAUUAAAACCGAGGACGGCACUCUUCGGGUCGUUCCGCCGUGGUGCAAUGUCCAGAAUGGAGCAACCACUCCCGCCUUUGAAUUUCGCAACUACGCUUCGAUUUUUCUCGUCUUUUUUCUGGCGUUUCUGGCGGCGAUCUUUGUUCUCCUCCACCCACGCCUCCGGUUUCGGCAAUGGUUUUUUCUGCCGUGUGACCUCCGCAAAUGCCAGUUCGUUGUUCUCGAGGAGUGGAAGCGUAAGCAGGAGGUGGGAGCAGGAACAUCAACGUCAAGCAACAACGAAGUAAACAAAGUUCCACUUCUCGCAGAGACAUCUUCUGUAAAUGGAAAUACUAGUCGUGGAGAACAAGAAACUAGUGCAGUUGUAGAGUUGAACACAGACGAAAAGAUUUCUGACCGUGAUCGCGUUUUUGCCGAGCGAAACUGUUUUGAUAUGUACUUUCACGAUUGGCGAAGUGUCCAAACGGUUGCAGUUGAGAGUUCUCAAAGCAGACGGAGUACUAAGGUGUCGAUGAAGCACGACGACGACCUUAGUCCAGACGACUACCUUAGCGCAUUCGAGCAGCGACUAAACUUUCGGCAUACAACAACACCCGAGAAAAAUGAACCAACUGGUAGUUGUUCUAGCGAAGGAGGGGAAAUGAAGUACAUCUGGUUUCGUUGUAUUAUGUACUUCUACUGCGAAGAGCGUAACCUGUUCGUGGUGCCGCAGACUGAGAUUUUGGACGGAAAAAUGACUACGGCCGCAGUUCGACAAAUCUAUAGUGGUCCGUUUCUCCGCGAAUCCAUGGAGGAGUUUCGCCAUCAACAGCUAUCGACCGCUAUCCUCGACCAGCAGGAAGACGAGAAAGGGAAUUCACUUUGUGCAACUAAAUCUCAUCAGAGGACGAGAAUCCCACCAUUGAAGCCGAACACUCGCGAACUUUCACAGUGGAAAUACAAAAUCUACGGGGAAAACAUAAUUGCCGUGGAAGCGCCGAACUACUUCAAAUUUCUGAGUCAGGAGUUUCUGGACUUUGCUACCUUGUUUCAGUUCCAUUGCCUCUGGGGUGGGUCAAUUUUCACGAACUGGAUGUUGUCCAUUGUGAGCGGCGUAAUGUGUAUUAUCUUUGGCUGCGUCAACGCAUACAACACAUGGAAGAACCAGCUGGAAAUUCAAGCACUAGCCAGUAAGACAGCUACAAGAGACGUUCGCGUCUUCCGCUUUCUGGGAGAGGACGUGGACCGCGUCCCCGGUCCAGGGACUCGUUGCGCGAAGGGUUAUUCUGAUAAAAGCGGGGUAUCCGCGCAAGACGUGCAUGAGGAGGAAAACUCCUCUAUUGUUCGGCAUCUGGGAAUCAACUUGUCUUCCAGCAGUGGCCUCGACCACAGGUCCUUCGGUGCAAAAAGGGUAUCGAAGAGGAGAUCCACUGCUGCGAAACACGGCGUGCGACCCUCGCCGAGCAGGUAUUUCGAGAGCGAGCUGGUUCAUGUGAGCAAGCUCGUUCCCGGUGAUCUGAUCGAGAUUCAUAAUUCCGGAACGGUACCUUGUGACUGCGUAGUGCUUGAUGGCUCGGUUGUUGUGAAUGAGUCGAAUCUCACCGGCGAAGCCAUGCCGGUGCAAAAAUUUGCACUAGACGACGGCGACGAUAUCCUCUGUCGUAAGCGUCACGGCAAAAAGAAUAUCCUGUCCUCGGGAACAACAGUCAUGGAGAGUCGGCGCAAGGUCCAAACCAGGACUUCCGCGGUGUCGUUUUCGCAUUGCUUUCCCUCGAAGAAUAACAGAGCAUCCCUCGUUAAUGGCGCGCAACAAGCAGAGGCUCAAGAGCAUCUUCACGAUGAGCAGUGGAGAAACAACUAUUUGUCUUCACCCGACACUGACGCUUCUCCGCCGCGAAUGAGCCUGGAACGCACUCGCUCUCAGCACCAUGAGGAAGGCGCGGUGGCCAUCGUGCUGGCGACGGGCGCGCAAACCUCCAAAGGUGACAUGAUUCGGAACAUCUUGUAUGCACCUCCGAUCUCAUUUGAGCUCUAUGAUAAGCAGGCGGUCGGCGUGUGCAUCAAUGCUUGCAUCGCAGCGGUGAUCAUGUGUGUCUCCGUGUUCUCGCAGGCAGAGUGGCGGGCACUGCUGAUUGGUGGCUUUUUCGAGGCAGUGACCACUGUGAGCCGCCUCGUGUCGCCGCUCGUCCUCGUAGGCUUUAAAAUCGCGCAGGGCUACAGCGCCAAGCGCAUGAAAGCCGGCCAGUACGAGAUCCAGUCGCUCGCCUACAAUCGCAUCCCGAUGGCGGGGAAGCUAGAGGUUCAGUGCUUCGAUAAGACGGGCACCUUGACGGAGGAGACGCUGGAUCUAGUUGGGCUAGAAGCGGUUGACAGGUUAGACCGGCUAUUGCAACGAGAUUCUAUCCAAGCGGAGAUGGACGCCGUUGGCUCGCUGUCAUUCGAGCUCAUCGAAGAACAGGACGACACCGGCAGAUCGCUCGUCAAUGAUGGACAUCAGAGCCAAAAUAAGGCGACUCGCCGUGGCCCCUCAGGGACCGCCGCUGCUGGUGAUGAUUUCCGCAUCAUAAAUCUCAAAUCGGCAAGUUGCAGCGAAAUGGAGUUGCACGUACGUUUGAUUCCUUUUACAUGAUAUGGAUUUGGAGAGCUGGUGUUCGUUCUCACAAUUUCAACAUAGAUUGUAAGAAAACCACUGUUAGUACUAGUGCUUGUUUCUAGACUACAACAUCUAUUAUCGGUAUCGGUUUUAAAUCUGUCUUGCCGCCCUCGUCUGAACUACUCAUCAUCUUCCAACUUCUCCAAUUGAAACCACAGGUGCCAGAAGUAACCCUUGGCCCCUUACGACAUUGCAAAGACGGCGCGCCGGAAGUCGGAAGAGAUUUCAGCCUGGCCGACCUUGCUGCUGCGACGUGCCACACAGUGACGCGACUUGAAAAUGGCGAGCUUGCCGGCAACAAGGUGGAGUGCGAGCUGGUGAAUUUUUAUCAGCACUUGGAGCGGUUUGAGCCGGAUGAAGCGCUCAUCGGUCCAGUGAAGGCGACGGCGGACAAGAUGGUUGACGACGUCCACGACAUGGAAAUCCAGUACCAAUUGGAACACCGCACGAAGAGCGACAAUGUACCGAUUGCGAGGACCAUCCGGCAGUUUGAGUUUGACCAGAAAAUUCAGUUGCAAUCUGUGAUCGUGGAUUCCCUCUUGGGUGCGGAGACGACACGCUUUCUCUUCACCAAAGGAAGUCCAGCUAAGGUGGCGAAGCGGUGCCGACCGGAAUCGUUACCUACGGACUUCUACGAACGGACACAAGAGAUCAGCCGGAACGGAUGUUACCUGUUGGCGCUGGCGUGCCGCACCUUGCCGAUCGGGACAUCGCAGAACAGCACACCGCGACGUGGGACAAGCGGGACAACGGAAGAUGCAUGUCCUAGAACACCCCUUGGAACGAGAGCAGAAGACGUUGUUGGGGGAUCGGAAGCAGGCACGCGAAAAUCUUCAAAGGCCAAUCAUGAUUUGUGGGAACAGGAGGAGAAUGAACGUGUCAGAAGCGUGAGUGGAGAUCUUCGUGGUAGUGACGGAGUGUGUGGACGCACGACCAAAAGGGAAGAACUUGAGAAAGAUCUCACGUUUUUGGGGCUUCUGUAUUUCAGGAAUGAACUCAAGCCUUGCACCACAAGCGCGAUUGAGGAGUUGCGCGAGGGCGGAGUCCUCAAUGUCAUGGUAACAGGAGAUAAUCUCUGGAACGGACUCCAUAUUGCCAAAAAAUGUGGCAUACUACAUCGCCAGGACUCUUCGUGCAGACCCGUUUUUUUGGUCGAUGUUGAAGAAGAUGUGAAGGUCUGUGCAGAUAUCUGUGCAGACGACGCGGCCUCUCCUGCAAGAACCGCGGACGCUACGAGUAGUGAGCAAGAUCAGACUCCAACGACGAUCAAUCUCGACGAUGCGCAAAACGUGGCCGCGGGUCGAGGUAAUGGCGACAUGCAAAUAAAUGCAAGACCGGUGCAGAAAAACACCUCGAAGCGAGUUGUUUUUACCCGCGAACCUGUUAAUUCAGCACAAAGGAACACUGGUUCGUCACAAAAGGAUAGCAGUAGUGCUAAUACCAACGACGAAGUACUCGAGCAGGAACAGAUGCAAUGGAGGUACACAUCACUUGCAGCGCUUGAUGCAGAUUUGGAGGAACUGUCCAAAAGUAUAUCAGCCGAUAAUGAUAGAUCAAAGGCCGCACUGUUCGGCAUAACACAGCAGGCCUUUACGUACCUGGCAGACAACGAUCCGGAGACGCUCUCUGCCAUCUUUCCUCACAUCCGCGUUUUCGGCGGGAUGUCGCCAAGUGGCAAAGUCGAGGUGGUGGAUCGCUGGGCUGCUGCCGGCAAAGUUGUAGGCAUGUGCGGCGAUGGCGGAAAUGACAGUGGAGCUCUGAAGCGAGCGCACGUAGGAAUUGCUUUAGUGAGCAAAACUUCCACCAGUUCCGAGGUGUCCAUCGUUUCUUCCUUCUCAAGCUCAGGCUCUCAUCCCUGCACCGAAAGCCAAGACUUACUUCACCCAAAUAUUACUGGUAAGGGGCGUGAAGAUGAGACAACACCCCUCGUUGCCUCCUGUGAGGAAGACAUAUUGGACGAAGUGCGAUCGGAAAGUUCGGAUGGACAGCAUCCCCCUGUUUCAGUCCAUGCGGUUGUGCAACUCUUGAAAGAAGGGCGCUGUGCACUCGAAAACUCCGUUGCGUGCUACAAAUUCUUCGUGUACUACGGUUUUCUGUCUGCCAGCAGCAAAUUUCUGAUGCAGAGUCGCGCAGCGUACUACAGCGAGAUGAUCUUUCUUUUCCAAGACGCUUUUCUAGUUGUCUUGAUCACCUACAUCCUGGCGUCUGGGCGUCCCCACGCAGUGCUCGCGGACUUUACGCCCUCCGCAAAUUUGUUGGGCCUACAAGUGACUGCUGGCUGGCUCCUACCGGUCGGGGUGCAGAUCGCGGCCCUCAGCUCUGCGUACGCCUAUAUGGAGGCGCAGGCCUGGUACGAGUACGCAGACCCUCUGGUCACGGAGAUCGACGUGGCCGCUUGGUGGGAGAAGCCUGGUGCGACGGCGUCCGUCGUAACCGGCUGGUGGAGCGUCGCGUCGGCGCUCGUCGGCGCAGUGCUUUUCUCGUAUGGCGGAAAGCAGCGACGGAGCAGUCUCCGGAACCGCGUCUUGAUCGGAAGUCUUCUCAUUCUGUUGCCUCUCUGGAUCGCAAUCCUGUUCACGACAAACAAUACACUGAACUGCCUCUUUCGGCUCAACUGCACCAACGAAAACAGCUGGAACACUACGCUGCAACCAUUCACUUUUUUUCUCAACUCACGUGAGCUGAAAAACGGUGCGGUGUGGAUGCAAGAAUAUCGACCCACGACGGCUUCAUCCAGACCUACAUCAAAUAGUAAUAGCACCGCCACUUCUCGUGACCCAGCAACGCGAACUAGUGCGACCACCGUGUCUGAGAUCGCUUUGCUUUUGAAAACAGGGGAACUGGAAGACAACGCGGCCCCAUUUCAGAAUGACGCAGCUAUGGCCACGACAGGACUAGGCUGCAUAGCAACUCGAGACUACUUACGACAAAAGUUUCCGCAGUCGAAAGUGAAUUUGAAACUCACUGACAACCAGUGCGUCGUCGAAAUCAAGCAGUUUGUGUCUGCGAUAGCUUCCGCUGCCCAAGUGGAGGCUGAGUGUCACAGACGAUGUGCAGCGACCUGGAAAUUCGAUGCAAACAAGAAAGAUAUGCAAAGGAGGAGAGCUUCACCUCCUGCUUCCAGUGCGUCAGGUGGUGCUCUAGCACCUGCUGGGACGACGACCGGAGAAGAAGAAAGUAACGGAGGAAAUAACCCUACAAAUAAUCCGUUCAGUCAAGACACACAGAAUAUCGAGAGACUUUUCUGUUGGUGGGCUGCGGUCUCUCUCGAGCGCAAUCCUCAGACGCAAAAAAUUGACAGUGCGACGUGUUAUGUCCUUCCUCGCCUAGAUGCGAGGGGUGCGCGCGCGAUAGGACCAGACUUCUCGCAAUAUGUUUCCCACUUGCGUCAUCGUUUCCGUCUCUCGGCUGCGUAUAUGGGCACCGGCCAACAAGGUACAGAACGCGUAGAUACUGGAGAGCCAGGAUCUGCAGCUGCAUCGACGUUUCUCGCUUCUUCUGGAAGAACAGGUGGUAAUUUUAGGACGCGAGCUGGUAGAGAAAAUGUCUCAGCCAUCGCGGAGAAACCGUUCACCUCUGUUGCGUUUCGAACCGGGGGACGUGCCGUCGAUGCCAGCGUCCCGAGUGGUUUCGAACAGAUCAACAUAGCGGCACUGCACUUUCGCAACGCACACAACGUGUUGGCGUGGCAUCCGCAGACCCAGCAGCGGGAAGACCAAUAUAGGCAGCCAUCAGAGAAAACACGGACGCUCUCCUACGCAGCCGUAUUGGUCGCGCUCGUUGCAGCGGCGUUUUUUAUCAAUUCUUUCUUAGUUGUUGUACUCGUUAAAGGACCAUUCGCCACUUGGCUAUACCGCAAGUGGUAUCGCAAAAAGUAG